GAGAGAGAGUGGAUUAAUUCUGACAAGUAAAAGCAUGCAUCGAUCUCAGAUGAUCAUAUCGGAAUUUGUACGUACAUAUAUACAAACAUACGCCUCGAUUCAAAUGUAAUGCAGCAGUGAAUUCAACGGUAGAAGCCACUGGAUGAAAUUUCCGGUUGAAGCCGCGAAAUCAGGGUUUCAGAUUUGAAGAAACGGAGAAAAAUGGGGUUGAUAUCGGGAAUGGUGAUGGGGAUACUGUUUGGAAUCGCGUUGAUGGCGGGUUGGAAGCGCAUGAUGCACCGCCGCAGCGAUAAGCGAGUCUCCAAGGCAGCUGAUGUAAAACAAGUAAGCGCGCUGAACAGGGAUGAUCUGAAGAAAAUCUGCGGCGACAACUUACCGGAAUGGAUAUCGUUUCCUGUUUUUGAGCAGGUGAAAUGGUUGAACAAGCACUUGAACAAACUCUGGCCAUUUCUUGCAGAUGCGGCAGAGGCUGUCAUACGAGAUUCUGUUGAACCAACAUUGGAAGAAUAUCGGCCUCCAGGGAUUUCUUCAUUGAAGUUCAGCACAUUGUCUCUAGGAACUGUGGCUCCCAAAAUUGAAGGAAUUCGAGUUCAGAGUCUUAAAGAAGGUCAGAUUACUAUGGAUAUUGACUUCCGUUGGGGUGGGGAUCCUGAUAUUGUUCUAGCUGUUGAGGCAGCACGUAUUGCCUCGAUACCUAUACAGCUGAAGGAUCUUCAGGUUUUUACUGUAAUCCGUGCUAUAUUCCAGCUUUCUGAUGAAAUUCCUUGCAUCUCUGCUGUUGUUGUUGCUCUGAUGGCUGAGCCAAAGCCACGAAUCGAUUAUACUCUGAAGGCUGUUGGUGGAAGUUUAACAGCUCUUCCAGGGGUUUCAGAUAUGAUUGAUGAUACUGUUAAUUCAAUUAUAACAGACACGUUGCAAUGGCCGCACAGGAUUGUUGUUCCUCUUGGUGGGACGGAUGUAGAUACAAGUGACUUGGAACUUAAGCCUGUUGGAAAAGCUACAGUGACGAUCGUUAAGGCAAAUGAACUGAAAAACAUGGAGUUGCUUGGCAAAUCUGACCCUUAUGUUUCUGUGCACAUACGUCCGCUGUUUAAAGUCAAAACAAAAGUUGUAGACAAUAACUUGAAUCCUAUUUGGAACGAAACGUUUGACUUAAUUGCCGAAUGCAAGGAGACACAGUCCAUCAUUUUUGAGGUAUUUGAUGAAGAUAUCGGGGAGGACAAGCGUCUAGGUGUAGCAAAGCUGCCUCUGGUUGAAUUGGAAUCUAGAAGAUAUAAACAAAUGGAGCUAAAGCUGCUCCCCUCACUUGAUAUGCUCAAAAUCAAAGAUAAAAAAGACAGAGGAUCUCUCUCAAUUGAGGUGACUUAUCAUGAAUUCAGCAAGGAGGAGCAGUUGAAGGCGCUCGAAGAAGAGAAGAGAAUGAUAGAAGAAAGACAUAAGCUGAAAGACGAAGGGGUGCUCGAUAGCACGAUGGAUGCAGUCGAUGAGACGGCAUCAGGCGUUGGUGCAGCCGUGGGCGCUGGAGCUGGCCAUGUCGGGGGUGGCUUUGCAGCUGUGGGCAACAGCCUGCAAAAAGCCGGGAAGUUCAUGGGGAGGACCAUCGCGGCCCACACCGGCGGUGGAAACAAGAAGAGCAGCGGAUCCACCACGCCUAUCAACUCCAUCCAAGAAAAUGGUGGUGCAAAACCACGUCCAACUUGACUCAUUCUUGCCUCAUUUUUUUGUUUCCUUACUAUUUUUUUCGUCUAGUAUGUAAAUACAGUGAAGUUCAUUAAUCCUGUUGAAUAAUUUGAGGCAACAAAUU